AUGGUUCGGCAAACUAGAGCAGCAGCAAAGACUGAGACUCAGGCCGAAGAGGAGAUGGAGGCGGUAGAAAUUGAAGCUCCGAGAAAAGGUGGUCCUCCUGCUUCUGACUCGAGUUACGAACGAAAGUUCAUCAUAGCCAAGGAAAAUUCGCUUCCUGAUAGCAAGUUCCAUCUAAUUAGGCAUCCAAAAAACCGAACUCCAUGUUUAUAUAGAAUUAGUGAAAAAUUCUGUGAUGAGGCGAGACUUAUAAAUUUUGUUCUCGUCCAGCAGGCUCUAAUAGAAUUAGUCGUCUCCAUAGGAGAGUCUCACCGCUCAUGGUUUUAUGGUGAAAGUGUCGUAUCGGAUGGGUUAAUACGAAUGCUGUCUCCUGUACAUCCUUUGUUUUUAGUGCUGCCUUAUUUGUUGACUUGUAGGAGCAAGUUUAUGGAAAUUGAGGAAAUAAUGAGUGAUAGCGAUAGCCCUUCCAUAGCUGUCUUGCUGAAAAAUGAGCAGUUCUUGAGAACUAUUGACCAAGUAGCAGAUUUCAAAGUUUGUGAUACAAAAGUAUACCGAUUGAACGAGACUAAAGCACUCGAAUGGAUAAGUGGUCGAUUCCAACGGCUUCGUGACGCAUUAGUUCAGGAAAACUGCUUACAUAAGUCGAUUAUAGAGAAUCAAGAAGUACUCGACCGGUACAGUUUCGGUGUACUCUGUGAUCAUCUUAAUCCGGAAAUGGCAGCUUUGGCUAAAGUGCACCUUUGCAUCAAGGAUCCCGUCAAUGAUGAAAAUGAGCACGUAGAUAUGUCAAUGAAGAGAAAAGCGGAGGUUCUGUAUGAAGAUGAGCUAAAGCCGGUCAAGGUCUGUGUUCCUACCUCAAAUAAUCAUUUGCGUAUUGGAACGAGUACCCUA